GGGGCUCCAGAGCGUGCGCGCGCCCGCUGCUCCGGGGACCCCCGGCCCAGCAGGCGCCCGGGCGGCGGCGGCGGCGGCGGCGGCGGCGGCGGCGGCGGCGGCGGGGGGCCGGGACGCCAUGUCCAUGGAGGACCCCUUCUUCGUGGUGAAGGGCGAGGUGCAGAAGGCGGUGAACACGGCGCAGGGCCUGUUCCAGCGAUGGAGCGAGCUGCUGCAGGAGCCGGCGGGCGCCACGCGCGAGGAGGUGGACUGGACCACCAACGAGCUGCGCAACAACCUGCGCAGCAUCGAGUGGGACCUCGAGGACCUGGACGAGACCAUCAGCAUAGUUGAAGCGAAUCCGAGAAAAUUCAACCUCGAUGCCACGGAACUGAGCAUCAGAAAGGCCUUCAUCACCAGCACGCGGCAGGUGGUCAGGGACAUGAAGGACCAGAUGUCCACGUCCUCGGCGCAGGCGCUGGCCGAGAGGAAGCACCGGCAGGCCCUGCUGGGCGACAGCGGCGGGCAGAGCUGGGGCGCCGGUGCCGACAGGGCGAGCCGCCUGGAGCGGGAGCUGCAGCAGGCCAACGCGCAGUUCAUCGAGGAGCAGCGCGCGCAGCAGCAGCUGAUCGUGCAGCAGCAGGAUGAGCAGCUGGAGCUGGUGUCGGGCAGCAUUGGGGUGUUGAAGAACAUGUCCCAGCGGAUCGGCGGGGAGCUGGAGGAGCAGGCCGUGAUGCUGGACGACUUCUCCCAUGAGCUGGAGAGCACGCAGUCCCGGCUGGACAACGUGAUGAAGAAGCUGGCCAAGGUGUCCCACAUGACCAGCGAUGGGCGCCAGUGGUGCGCCAUCGCCGUGCUGUUCGCCGUCCUGCUCGUCGUCCUCGUCCUCUUCCUGGUGCUGUGACCUGCCGCCCGCAUCCAGCUCUUCCCGACGCGGCUCCCCCCUGCCCCCUCCGUGGCCCGGGCCCAGCGCCGGACGGGCCAGUGGGCAGAGAAGUCCGCCGCCCGCACUCCAGGCGCCCCGUGUGGGGCCGAUGAUCCAGAAACUUCCAUUCGCUCGUGUUUGCUGGUGCUCCUGCCGCCCCCUCCCUCCCUCCCUCCCUCCCCCCCUGCAAACCUUCUCCGCGCUGGCCCCCACCCGCCCGCCCGCCCCCUCCCGGGGGACCCGGCCGGCCGUCACUGGGGACGGGGCCCACAGCUGGCGUCGCUGGUUUUCAGGGAUGACACGGCCUUUCCGGACAAGCGACCCGGAGGGAGGAACAAACGAACAGGCUAGGGGCAGAGGGUGGCCGGAUCCCCCCAGAGGCGCGUGGAGUCAGAUUCCAGGAAGACCCGGGGCGGCGGCGGAGGGUGGGUGGGCAGAAAAGGGGGGGGUCCCCACAGCUCCCGAGAACUGUUGGGUCCUUGAUGUUCACGCUGUGACCGGGGAAGUGACCACACGCCCCCCCCCCCAGGGUCACCGCCGGGUCCCUCGGCCCCAGGCUCGGCCGUGCCCCGGUUUGUUCGUCUCUCGUUUUUAGGCUUGCUCCCCCUCCCCCCCACCCCCACCCCCCGUGACCCCCCGUGACCCACCGUGAGGUUCUCGCCCAGCUCAUUUUGAAUUGCACUUUUUAAUAAAUAUUUGUACCAAU